AUGGAGAUAACCGACGUCCAGGCGCUGCUUUACGAGCUGCGCCAGUUCAGAGAUGAGUAUAGGGAGGAUAGGGCCGCUGAUAGAAGGCUUAGCGAAAUCCUCACCGAAUCUUUGACCAAAGUUAACCUGAGGCUGGAUGAAAGUGACAAAAGGUAUGAACAGCUUCAAGCGCGGGUGGAUAGUCUCGAACAGCAGAUGAAGUUGCAGGCGAAAGCACGGCCUUUUGUAGCGAGCGAUGUCGAGCAGUCUCUCAAAGAAUCGAUUGCUAACCUGAAGGCUGAGCUAAACGAGCGAGAUCAGGACCUACUGCUCAAUGAUGUGGAGAUGACAUGCAUAGUGGAACAGCCAGGGGAGAGUCUACAACAUAUCGCGAUAACGCUGGCAGAUAAGCUGGGUGUGAAGCUGAAGAGCGAGGAUCUGGUGAGCGUGUCCUGUGUCGGGCCUCUGGUCGCGCGGUCUGGUGCGGCGGCGGCGGUGCCGGCGGGCGGGCAGGGUCCGCGGCCGGUCGUCGUGCGGCUGGCCCGCCGGGCGCUUCGCGACGAGCUCAUUCGGGCGGCGCGCGUGCGCCGCGGCGCUACGACUGAGGGCACUGGACUCCCUGGGCCUGCCCGCCGAUUCUUCAUCAAUGAACGGCUGACAAAAGUCAACCGUCACCUAUUUCGUCGAGCUCGUGAACUUGCCACGCAAUACAAGUGGCGCUUUGCCUGGACAAGAGAGGGCCGUAUCUACGUUCGGCAACACCAGGCACCGGACUCGCCUCGCAUCCGUAUUCGCAAUGAUCAGGACCUUAAUGGUGUUUUUGGACUGGGCGUCGUCGUUUGUUCUACUGGUCAAUAA